UUUUGCUGGUUCCGCAUUUCGGGUCUGUAAGGCGGGGAAGGAAGGCAAGGCCGGUGCAGUUGCCCACACCCGCUUGCACCGGCUCCAUCCCGGCUCGGAGCAGCGGCGGCGCGGACUUCCGCUGUCCGCGGGCUGAGGACCUUCCGCUCCCCCUCGGCCCCGCGCGGGCUCUGAAUCCUGAGCGCGGCAGGGGCCAGCGGCCCUUCCCCUCCCCUCCGAGGGUAGAAGAUGAGCUUCCUCUUUAGUAGCCGCUCUUCUAAAACAUUCAAACCAAAGAAGAAUAUCCCCGAAGGAUCUCAUCAGUAUGAACUCUUAAAACAUGCAGAAGCAACUCUAGGAAGUGGGAAUCUGAGACAAGCUGUUAUGUUGCCAGAGGGAGAGGACCUCAAUGAAUGGAUUGCGGUUAACACUGUGGAUUUCUUCAACCAGAUCAACAUGUUAUAUGGAACUAUCACAGAAUUCUGCACUGAAGCAAGCUGUCCAGUCAUGUCUGCAGGUCCAAGAUAUGAAUAUCAUUGGGCAGAUGGUACUAAUAUUAAAAAGCCAAUCAAAUGUUCUGCACCAAAAUACAUUGACUAUUUGAUGACUUGGGUUCAGGAUCAACUUGAUGAUGAAACUCUUUUUCCUUCUAAGAUUGGUGUCCCAUUUCCUAAAAACUUUAUGUCUGUGGCAAAGACCAUUCUAAAGCGUCUGUUUAGGGUUUAUGCCCAUAUAUAUCACCAGCACUUUGAUUCUGUGAUGCAGCUGCAGGAGGAGGCCCACCUCAACACCUCCUUUAAGCACUUUAUUUUCUUUGUUCAGGAGUUUAAUCUGAUUGAUAGGCGUGAGUUGGCACCUCUUCAGGAAUUAAUUGAGAAGCUUGGAUCGAAAGACAGAUAAAUUUUUCUUCUAGAACAGUUACCCUUUUGCUUCAUCUACUGCUAGAGCUAUCUCAUUGCUUUCUGUUAUAGACUAGUGAUACAAACAUUAAGAAAACAGGAUUAAAAAGCACCUAUUGUCUGUGUCUACUGAUAAAAUUGUCCCAAAGGUAGGUUGGCCUAAUACCUUCAGAGUGAGAAAUUCAGGACACAGCUGAAUCUGAGGCACUGUGUGACCACUGCUGUUACUGCCAUAGAGCCAUACUUGGUUGUAGUAUGUGAGGACUAACCUGUAGUUUAUUAGUUUACUUAUUCUUUUACUGAAGAAGAUGAUCAUCUGUUUCAGGUGACAGCAUGAUGGAUAUUAAGAAUUUCCACUAAUAAUUUAUUUACAAGUUUCCAGGACAAAUUUCCUAAUAAUGCAAUCACAGAUCAGUUAUAUUCUGCUUUUAUUUUACAAAUAGAAGAGGUGUUUUGAAAUUUCCUUAAGAUUUAGAACAUUUGUGUCACUUUGGAUAACGUUUUAGUUUGAAGUUUGUAUGCUAGUGUUUUUAUAGAUAAGAUUAUAUAUAUGUAUAUUUUUUCAAAAUCCAUGAUUGCAGUUUAAAUCAUCAUAUAACUUGGUAUGGGAGUAACCAAAGUUAUUUCUAAAAUGACUUUAUUUUUUAAUCUUUAUUUGGGAUUUUAUUCACAUAAACCUAUCUAAAUUUUUAGUAUGUGUAUCAAAUAAUUUUUUUAAGGCAUCUAAGUAUUGUCUUACAGAUUUGUAUUUUGAAGUGCUUCAUUGAGAUUGAUUUUAAUAUGUAAGUUUUGGCUGAGAAAACGAAGGCUUCCAAAAAAUUAUGACAGAUUUGGGUCUCAAAAACCAUUAUCUUCAUUCAUGUUGUUUGUUUCAGAGGCCUUGAAAUUUGGAUAGAGAAUGGAAGAAAGUACUCAGAGUACUGAGUUAUUUUAUUUUGAGUUUUCCUUUAAAAAGAAACUACUUCUGUAUGUUUUUAUUGUAACUUGAAACUUGGUUAAGAGUAGUGUAGAAAUGCAUGAACUUUAUCCCAGUUAGGAUAAAACAUAAAGAAAACCACAAUAAAAAACCUUGAAGGUGUAAACAUUUUAUAGCCCAGCUAAAACUUUAGUGUGCUACCUGUUCUCUAAUGUGUUUGUGUGAGGAUGUGGGGGUGGGGGGGGGGGGUGGCAGGGUAUGUGUUUAAAGGAGACAAAAUGGGAUAAGUAAAAAAAAAAAAACUUCAUUCUGUUAAUAGUCAAAGGAUGGACAGGGAUGUUAUUCUGUUUUAAUUGUUUUUGUAUCAAAACUUGAAAUUAUUCUGUUUGUAUUGGGAUAAAAAGAAUCUUCUCCUUUAGUGAAGAAAAGAUCUAACUUUCAUUAGGUUUCUAAGAUUUAGACUGUUUAAAAUGUAAUGAGGUACACAUAUUACUAAAGACUUGCCAGACUGGCAACACUUUGUUCAUCAUCAUUCUUUGUUUCAGAGCUGUGGUUUUUUGCAAAGUACUCACCAUCUUCCUUGAUACUUUUGGUUAAGGUUAAAUUAGACAAGGUUUUUUGUUAUUUAUUUGUAUUAUUCCACUAGAGUGUAAAGAAAAGAACUGCUUAGAAACUCCAUUUUUGUAAUAACUCAAUUUCAAUAAAUUCUAAAAUAUAUAUAGAAUUUUAAAGGAAACAAAACAUUUUAUCUGAUUUAGGCUGAAACCACACAUCACUGUUUUGGGAAAUAAAGAGUGGGAAAAUCCCUUAUGAAAAAAAGAGAAAAACCCUGUAUGAGACAUUCCAUAAUCCACAUUUUAAGAUUAUCCAAAAGUCCCUGUCAGACAGUCUAUGUGUUUAUGUUGAUCAUUUCCAAACAAGAAAGAAGGUUUUUAGAUGCCACCUAGAAUGUUACUGCCUGUUGACUUUGAAUAUUGUUGGCUUUAAGUCUGCAAGGAAUGAAAUAGUUCUCAACUAGGGUUGUACUUUUACCAUUUCUAAUAUUUCAAAUAUCAUCAAACAAAAGGGUUCUCACUUUUCUCCCUCUCUUCAUGACUCAGCCCUAAAACUAACUAAAGAUGGUCACAUGUUAGGACAGUAGUAGAGGCAGCUUAAUAAUGGGACAUAAAUUUUAAAAUUUUUUGGUAACUUGAGGAUUCAGGUAAUUCAGAAUGUCCUUUUUUUUAAAAAAAAAAAAAAAAGCAUUACCAGGUUCCCAGGCUAAUCUGGCUUAACCAACAAUGCAUCUAAACAUUAGUGUUAACAUUAUUUGUUUACAUCCAGGGCCAGGGAGUUGAGAACAGGAGAGUUGGAGAAAGGGGAGAGAAUAGGUAGAGGAUGACACCUUCCUGACUUGGCUGGAGGGCCAACCUUUGCUUAAAGUGGGAAGAAACCAGUCUGUCUUUGACUCCUCUCAGUCUCAAUUUAUCUCCCUGAGUAGCAUCCACUCCCCUGGCUACUUGUAACCAGAAGUCAUCUCAGCGUCUGAUCACUGCUCUUCACACCCGACUAAAAUCAUUGGUUGGACAGUACUUGCCAAAUUACGCAGUUAAUCCUAUGGUGCUUUAAUUUCCAGGCCUUUAAAAAAAACUUUUGAACAGUGAUGUGCAGAUUUUUGUUUAAAUAGUGAAACUUCCUUGUACUCCAGUUUUUGUAUUGACAGCCAAAUGUGUCCUACAUUCUUCUCCGUAUUGUGAAUAAAGUGAUUUUUAGUGGGCUGCCAGCUAACAUAGUAUUUCCUUUCAUUGUAGACUUGUAGAUCCCUAGCUCAGGUAGCUGCCCACUUGAGAAAUGCACAUCUGUAUUCAUCAUGACAUUGAUAACAGCAAAAGUAAAGUUUUUCUAGUAAUACAGGGGCAAGAGGAGCAGUCCCAAUGGUGACUUUAAUUUUUCAAAUAUUGUUGAGGUUUGAUUAUACUGUUGGCCUUCUCUCAGUGAGGUCACAUUAUAAGUGGAGAAGCUUCUAAACAUAACAUCAUUACCUCAUAAGCAUAAACAAAUAAGUCCCAAAAAGUAUCAGUCCUAGAAAUUUGUUUCUAAGCAGCUCCAGUCAUGUUGCUGGUGUUACCCUUGCCUGGUUGGAGGAGGCUGUGUCUCCUGUCUGCAGAAUUUUGGCCUGAGAACACCAGCUGGGACACCAAACUAAGCAGCUUCAACAGGGACAUUAUUUCCUCCUAAUAUCAGUUCAGUAACUGGAUUUGGUUUUUUACUAUUGUACAACUGUGGCAAAGAGGGAAAAUAGUAGUUCCUCGGUCUUCCUGUGUUUUUGCGUUAGAUUUUGAUGUUUUAGACUGUAAAGGGCGCUUUGGGGGGCGAUAUUGAUAUUACCUGUGUUGGCAGUAAUUUUAUUGAAGCAACUGCAUUGAAGUGCACUUGGGUUUUCUCUCAUUAUCAGAUUCUAUUCUAAACAAGUAUUCUGUAAAUCCAAAUGGAUUACCAGCGUGCUGUAGAUUUAUUAUAGAACAACAUUCUAUGUUUAGUCUACAUUGAAAAUAGUUUGCUUAAGUUAGUCUUGGAUAUCAUCUAAAAUAUUUUUAAACGUUCUUUACGUGAAAAUUUAUUUUGUAUUUUUAAACCUUUAGGGGCUUUAUCUAUUUUUCUAAGUCAGUUAACUGUACUUUUUUUAAAAAAAGUAUUUUGUAUCUACUUUUGUAACUUCAUCAGAAUAAAAUAUAUUGAAAGAAAGAAAGGAC